AUGUCAAAAUCAGACACAGUAUUCGACAUACCCACACUUGUGGAAAGAGCCACGUCCACCGGCUCCGAUGGCUGUAUCAUCUGCUCUGUACCCACUUGUCCCACGUGUAAAAAAGGCGAAGAAUGCCAGUUCACUCAAGGAACUUGUCAUACGUGCGCCAUUGCGUCGUGCGUGAAAUCCGAGUCCACCGGUGGUCUGACCAACACCGGAGGCAUUGUGGGAGGAGCGGUAGGUGGAGUAGUGGCGUUGGCACUCAUAGUGGGCUUUUUGUUGUACUGGUUCGUGUAUCGCAAGAGAAGAAGUGUGGCACUCGACGACCUGGACCUCAUGUUGAACGACAUGAAAUGGGACGAGGAGUCUGUAACCACAACUACGGGCCGAGGAAGCAGCAGCGAUGGUCCUGGAGAAGCGGCAGGGCCCGGAGGAGCAGCAAUUACUGCAAAUCCCGUCGAAAAACCACCGAUGAGAAGACAUCAAACCUACUAUACAGCCCCGAACCGAGGCGCCAUGGCUAACCGUCGUAUAUCGUCGUACGAGCUGUUUACCAAGCCACAAGCGAAACGGAAAGCCGCGGGCCGGCCUCGAGCAUCGCACAAAGGUUCGUCGCUGAAGCAGCGGCUGGUAUAUUUGAAUCCAUCUCAUCGUAAUUCUGUCGCAACUACGGUUUCCACCACCAAUGCUUCCAACAUUCUUCCCAUAGCCUACAUUCCCGGAGUCACGGUGCGACCCACCAAGAACAAUACCCGGUCGAUCUACUCGUACGAAGAAGAGAGUAUUUUUUCCGACUGGAAUACCAUUGAAAAUGCGUCGAUUGUAGGAGACGUCGUCAAAGCGUCCAACUCCGAAAAGGGUCAGGGUCCUGGGGGUUCCGGCCGAGACCCCACGAUGACGGCGAUCAAGGCACAGCCGCGGUUGGUUCCUGUGGACAGAAUCGAAGAGGAAGACGAGGACGAUGUGACCGACGAAGAUCGGGACAUCGAGUACAAUGCGGCAGAAUAUGUUCCCAUACAUACGGCUACGGCCCCUCCAACCACACAAACCACCGAAAAUUCCGAGCCUUCACACGAUCCAGACGACACCUACUCUUCCGACUCCGACGUGGAUUCAGAUAUUGGUGAAAUAAAUCGGGCUGCAAGUUUGCAUAGAAUCCAGCCAAGAGAAGUGUUAAUGGAUGGCCACGACGGUGAAAUUCCAAUAGAUAUCAGUGAGCUCGAUGCACCCAUGCGGAUGCAGAGCGCCAAUGGGCUGGGAGCCGGGUCGUUUGUGCUAGACGUGGAAAUGGAUAUGGAGCCAUAUGUGGACCGGUCGCAGCCAUCGAAUUAG